GAAUUCCUUGCCAACUCAUUUGUGGUGCUCCAUGUCUUCUUCGUAUCGUCUGAGAGAUGAUGUCAACAUGGCCAUACUCCGUACAGUCAUCCACCGCGCAUCCUUCGUCCACGUCCACAUCGAGGCAUACGGAGUAUCAUGUAGAAGUAUGUGCGGACGAGUCUGGAAAUGGUCUCCAGGCCCAACGGCGUCUCCUGGUGCCACUGCACUGACAGAAUCGGCUAGCCUCACUAGCCUCACUAAUCUCUCCUCCCCUGUGCACCACCCAUCACCCAAUGACCCAUCACACAUUGACCCUAGCCCCUUCCCCUGGCCCCUGACACGUUCCUGCCCUGGUUGCUGUCGACGUCGCCCUUUUCCAGCCAAUGAGCAGCCGGUGGUCGCUGGUCCAUCACAUCAGCAUUUCCUGGUUUCCCCGUCCGAUAACAUCCAUCGUUCCUCCGCACGGCUUUGUACUCGAUACCGUCCACGGGUCGUGUGGGUGCUAGUGCUGCCAGUUUCCUAGGGAGUCUCGCCAGUCCAAGUGCAGCUACCGUAAUUCAAUUCUCUCAUAUUGACAUAUUGUCCGUCUCCUUCCCAACUUCUUCCACCUUCCUUCUUCCUCCCCUCCCCUCGCAUCCGUCGACAUAAAUCUCGAGUGCAUCUUGCAUACGACACGGCCACUGCAACCUGCAACCUGCCUAUCAACGCACCGCACCGCACCUCUACCGUCACGGCUUGGGCGGAAGCGAAACCACCGUCGUUAUACUCGUCCUUUCCUUUUUGACCUUUCGUUCUGCUGCUACUACUGUUGUACUCGUACCCAUCCCCGUCCCCGUUCCCUACAAGAGAUACCCUUGAUAUUUUCGUACUUUACGCCUCUUCGAGACCGCUCCUUCCUUCACACCCACCUGCAUCAAAGAAGUGACCCAGACCACCAACUACCUGGCUCACUUCACCCAGAAAAAAAAAACUUACCACCACUCUUCCUCUUCAACACUCAUAGGCUGGUCAUCACCAAACGCUCAUUGUGCCAUUGCCAUGAAGCAGAUCGUUAUUGGAUGAAAGCGCCGCCUGUCUGGAUGCAAUCGUCAAGCUGUUUGCAUUCCUCCGACACACUUCUCCCUCCGGCCGAUCGUUAUCACCGAAUUCGAGACACCACUUGCCCUCCCGUACCGAUCGAAAUCUUCACGAUCGCUUUUCUAAUUCGUCUCCGACUUCAUUGACUUCUAACCAAGAUGUUUUCCUCGUCGUGGUCAAGUCGAUGGGCUUUCCUCGCGGCCCUGUGGGCGAUUUUCGUCACCAACGCCUUCGCCAGCGUAUUGUAUUGUUCCGAUCUUAAUACUGCCAGCACGGGCAAAAGUGAGUGGUUUGGCAAUGACCAUCGUAGAGGUGGCAAUGCUAACCCUUCUUUCUUCUAGAUUCCAACAUAUACCAAUCCAAUGGCCUCUGCUCAGAUUUCUGCAGACCCACGUCCGCCUUCGCCGUCGUUCAAGGUGAUGGAUGUUGGUGCUCCGACUACGUUCCUGGCACCACAACUGAUGGCUGUGAUACUCCAUGCCCCGGUUAUCCCGCGGAAUUGUGUGGAGGAAAUUCAGUGUUCGGAUACAUUGCUCUAUCCAAUACACCUUCAGGAACAAAAGGUGCCCCUAGUUCUGCUCCAGCUACAACUGCUGCACCGGUUAGUGAUACCCCUUUCCUUCUUUUCCCAGCACCAUGUUCCCACGAGACUCCCGAAAUGCAUUCUCAGUCCCCUCGCACUGCUCUGUCGUCUCAUUGCCCGUGACGGCAAUCGUUUUGACUCGCAACAACAGGUGACUGUGACGGCCACGGCGGUGUCGGUCGCGGUAUCUACCGCAGUGUCCAUUGCUACUCCUGAUCCUGUAACUAUAUUUUCUGUUCUUACAACCGAUCCUCCUCAUUCCGAGACAUCAACGGCAGCUGUAUGGAUUUUCCUUGUGUUGCAAUCUGGAGAAUAUUUGGAGGAUAGAUAUAUAUGAAAUCUUGGGUUCCGAGUUCACGAGCUGACAUUUAUGCCGCCAGACCACGACUGCUCCCAACACGCCAACUUCGCCACCUCCGCCUCCUCCUCCUCCUAAAGAAGAAGAAACUACCUCGACUACCUCGACGAGCUCUCCUACAUGGACACCAACGCCAAUUAUUUCCCUGGAAACAGUGACCGGCCAAGUGAGAACGGUCACAGUGACCCCUACCGCUCCUCCAAACUCUUUACAGAACGCCGGAAAUCGCGUCCCAAGGCCUAGCAUGAACGGUAGCCAAGGGGGACUUAGUACCGGUGGAGCUGUCGGCCUCACUAUAGGCCUCAUUGUACUGUUCGGGACGGUUGCGGCCAUGAUCUGGUAUUAUAUGCGAAAGAAGAAGCAAGAGCGCACGGAAGAAGAUGGCUACAACAACAUGAGUAGAACGGCUAGUUUCACUGGUGUACUUGGCGGCCCAACACCCUCGCGAACGAUGAGCGAGAAUUCGCGAUAUAUUCUUGGAACGAAUGGACGAGAGGUGAUAGAGGCAUGGGAGCAUGACCCACCGGGAUCAAGAAAGAGCGGGCCAUUAAGGCCGGUGGAUCAACGAUUGGAUCCGUUUGCACCUCCAUAUCAACUGGGGGAUAAUCGAAGCAGAGACAGUGUAAACACCAUACGAGAUGAUCACGAUUACUCGAGACGUGUCCAACCAAUACGCCCCAUUCUUCGAGUUAAUAAUCCCGAUUAAUAGCGACAUCUUUCGCACCAUAUUUUCCUUCAUUACGCAUACGAAAUUAAUGACACAUUUCCACUAGUCAGAACCAUACAGGAUUUGGGCAUCACACCAUAUUCGGGUGACGCAGGCGUUGAAGCGGCUGCAUUUUCGACAGACAGGCAAUACCUGCAGAAUCAUUCUGACGAACAAGGUCUACCAUGAAACAGAUUUGAAGCGUGGCAUGUGCGGGCAGUCGACUGUUUGGCAUGGGGAGUCUGAAUUCGACUCAUAUUUGCUAUUAGCGAAUUGUUUUUCCUUGAUUGUAUUUAUAGAUUUUUCUUGAUCACUGAGCAUACGGGGGAGGAUGGGCCGGAGGGGAAUUGGAUUGAACUCAUACCUGCCACGGUAGCAAGACGGCAAAAGCAAUCGGGUGAAAUAAUUGGGGAUUCCUUCUGGACGGGGGAAGGGGAAAAGCUUGUACAUAUGGGGGUAGUGGUGCUACUACUACUUUAGCUAGCAUUUGAGCUUAAUUGCUGAUACGUCGCCAGUGGGGAGAAGCCGGGUACUGGAACAUAAAGUAAAGAUAAUUGAAGAAAACUCUGCAUAUACAAA